UUACACUUUGGCGGGUUAAGCAAAAUGGCGGCUUUGGGGGUGCGGAGUUAACGGAACUUACUCCGGGGCUAAUGUGAAGGCGGCCGCUACCUAGAAAGAAACUAGGGGAGGCGUUUUAUUUGCCUGUCUGUGACCGUGAGAAGAGCGCGUGGAGCUCCUUCCGUUGCUCGCGGAGUCUUCCCGCCGUGGGAGUUGGGAGGUCCGGCGGGGCGCCGGAGAGAUGAGCAGCCCUUUCUCGCCUCCGGCCUGGGAGAAGGAACACUUCUGGCUCUACCUCUUGGCUCUGGGUUUCGAUCCCGCGGUAAACGCCGCUGCCGGAAAACUUUCGACUCACCUCCGGCUGGGCGUGAACUUGUUUGAUAUACCAAACAAAGAUGCAUUUCACAUUGUUGCGUGGUUCUUAUUUUCAAAGCUGGACCGGUCACAUUGUAAUGAGGUUUUUAGAUUUUGUUAUCCUCCCUCAGAUAAAAAGGCAGACUCUGAAUUCAGGAAGCAAUGCUAUGAAUGGCUAAAAAGGAUAUCAGAUGAAUGUGGAAAUAGUUUUCCUCCAGUUGUUGCAUCAUUAUUUCUUUCUCCUGGUGGACCCAAAUUCAUUCAUCUAAUGUUCCACUUUGCAAGAUAUGUAAUAAUGCAUCAUAUUAAAGUAGAUUCUCUAGGUGCUGCCAUACCCAAUCCAGAAGCGGUGAACUUACGAUCUCCAGACUUGACUAUGGCUCUUGCAAAAUGUCAAGUGGCACUGAACAGAUUUUCACAGUGUCUACAGAAAGAAGAUUUGAUGAUUCAAGAACUUCAGAAAAAAGCACUUCUUUUUACUAAGCAAAUCAGAGAUUUAAGAUACAGAAAUAUGGAUCUGGACAAACGAUUGCAAAAAAUGGGGAAAAAAGUUGAUUCUGGCCAGAGUAAUAAUGCAGAAAGAAUUGAAAAAGUUCGCUGUUUAUGGGCAACAGUAAUGGAAACAGUGACAUUUUUGCAAAAAGAAAGAGAAGUAGUGGAUUCAGUGGUAAAAGGUCAUGUUGAUCAGUAUACAUUAGAUGGCACAAGUGUUUCUGUUAGCAUUCCAAGGCCUCUGCUUCAAAAAGUAGAAAAAGAAAUGUACAAAUUUCCUGUUGGGAAUGUGUAUGAAAUGGGAAAACUGAACAUAUUAACCAUUAUCCAAUUGCUAACCAAAGCCUUGGAGUUAUUGCUGCAUGAGCGCCGGCAUUAUGACAAGAAAGCAUUCAAAGUAGACCUUCAGGCUCUUGAAGGAAACACCAGAUUCCAGAAUGAGACUUUAUUGGGGCUGAAGUCACUGAGGCAAAAAUUAAAAUGUAAUGAUCAUAUCUCAGUAACUCAAUCAAUUGUUGAAAAACAACAGGAAUGGCACUUGAAGUGGAAAAAUUAUCUUGGCCAGUCACCUUUUCAUUUAAUUAAGGAUCCAAACCCUGCACUUGAUUUAUUACCCGCUAUGUCUCCUCUUUCUUUUACUCCGGCUACUGAGGAAGCGUAUAAAAGCAGUGUCUUCAGUCAGUACCCUGCAUUAAUUCCAGAUUCGACCAAAAAGAAUGUUCAGGCAAAUGAAUUUGCAACAGUUGAGAAGACACUGGGAAAUGAAGAUUAUUCAACAAAGACAGUAACAGAAAGGACCUUGAAACUUGCCCCACAUUCCGAAAAGACAUCAAAUGUCGAAACUCCCAAGAGGACUGAUAAUUCACGGUUUCAAAUCUUAGAGUAUAAAGGAAGACAUUCUAGACAAAGAGAAAGUGGGAAUAAAAGACAAGCUGAUCCAGUUAGAACACAUUCAUCAGCUAAAAAUGAAGAUCCUUUAAAGAAAGCCCAAGAACAGCUGGCUGAACAGGUGGCAGAUGUAGUAAUAUCUGAUUCAGCCCAGAACACUGGGAAGGAUGUAGGGGAUCUGAUCAGUACCUUAAUCUCAAAUCCUUUCUUAACAAGGAAACAGAUUCCACGGACUCCAGAAAAUCUGAUUACAGAAAUUAGAAGCUCAUGGAAAAAGGCUAUUGAGACCGAACCACCUUCAAGUGAGGCUUUGCCUCAUUCCGAAGCAACGGAAAAGUUCUCGCCGAAUACAGUUCCUGCCUUCAGACACCGUGUGGAUUCAAGUCUGACGUGGCUUUUGUCGCCUGUGGAGCCUCCGGGUAGUUUGCAGCAAGGCAUUACUGACGAAUCGCUGAGCCACCAAGAGGCUCUUAGGCCACGGGAUGAAGUGAUUUGCAAGAAAGAAUUGUCCCUUGCUGCUCCAGGUCAAGUGGAAAACCUGGAACCCGUCUUCAAGACUCUAAAUCAAAGUGCAGAUGAGGUAAGCUGUGGCUCUGGCAACCAUACUGGAUCAGAGGCUUUGUCACACAGCGCGGGUCAGAAUUCUACGAUCUGUGCAACUUUGUUGAGGGAUGCUUCUCAAGCAAUGGGCAGUACUGGUUCUGAAAGCCAUGACGUUAUCCAGCUAGGCAUACUUCAAGAAACUCUCCCAGAAGAAGGAGGCUCCAUCAGUCUUAAUAGCAUCCAUGAUUUGGAUGACUCAGGAGAAGAAAACUCCAGAGACGGCAAAUAUGUGACAGAUUGUCUGCCAGGAAAUGAGUGCACGUUAGAUUUCCAGUCUAUUCUAAAUCGGUACGAAGCGCUGAAAAAGACUCUACAUGAUCACCCACCGGUUCCUGGAAAGCAAAUGCCAAGGUGCAGAUCAGAGUUUAACCUCAGACCAGCAAGCCUGGAAAUGAAGGAUGUGCUUAGCCCUUUGGGAAAACCUUACGCGUCUGAUGCAGAACAUGUCAGGAAAUCCUCACCCCUGAGUCAUCUUGAAAGAAAGAAUAGCUUCUCCCCUUUAUUUGCAUUUUCUCCGCUGCAGCUGAGAGAGGGGAGAGACAUGCAGGAUCGAGGAGACGUAUUUAAUAAACGGAAAGAAAAAUAAUUUGAAGAUGGAUAACAAAAGAGCCCUCAACUGCGAAGAUGAAGUCAUUCCACGGUUUUAUAAUCAUGAUGCACUGACUUGAAUGGAAUACUUCAUGAGAUAAAAGUGUUUUUGCAAACCUCAACUUUUAAUAUUAGUGUUAACUAAUCCUGACUAGGCUUCUUGCACAGUUUUAUAAACUUAGAUAAUUUUGUAUUAUCAGUGAUGAAAACAGUACAGAUGAAUUGAGAUAUUUUAAGAAUAGCCACAAGGAGACCUUUAUGUGUUAAAGAAACAGCAAUGAAAUGUCUUAUCUAAGUAUAGGCUACCAUAUUUAGUUCAGAUUUUGGAAGAUAAACCUCGUUUGACUCCUCGGGGAAUCUACAGAUGAUGUACCUUUGGUAAGCAGUUGAGUAAAUCAAAUGUCUUUUCAUAUUUCAUCUUUUCCCCACAUCUGGGAAAUAAGAAGCAUUUUAAGAAUAAAUUGAAUGAGUGGUGCAGAUCAACUCCUUUGUAAAUUGUAUCCAACAGUGUCCGUUUUGCAGUGGAAUAGAGAGAGAGAGAGUAGACUAGUGAAACUAAAGAAUUAUUCCCGGUAUAAACCCCACAUCUGUUCUAGAGAUUUGGGAAUCCUGUAGAACAGGGUUUCUCAACCUUAGCAACGUUAAAAUGGGUGGACUUCAACUCUGGGAAUUCUGGGAGUUGAAGUCCACCCAUCUCAAAGUUGCCAAGGUUGAGAAACAUUGCUAUAAAACAGUGU